GCCCGACGCACAGAGUUUGCUCUGAAGAACACGGCGACGCAUCGCUUUUUACGCACAACCUAAUUGCGGUAUUACACACAGCUCGAUCUUUGUCACAUUAUGAUGGUUUCAUGUGCAGCACGCGUCCGGGUGCAAUUCUGAGCUUUUGGAGAUCGAUUUACACUUUCCCCGGAGCUGCAGAGUUGAUUUAUCACUCGCUUUUCUCGUGCGUAAAACCUGUUUGGUGCGUCAAGAGGCAUAUUUGAGCCUAAACAUUAAGAUGGAAAACUUUACAACAGCUCCAGAGCUGAACCACACUUUGGGGGUUUGGACGGACUACAGUAUCCAGUACAAAGUGAUAAGUAGUUUAUUGCUUUUCGCGAUUUGCGCUUUAGGAAUCGUUGGCAACGUUAUGGUCAUCCUGGUAGUGCUCACUACCAAACACAUGAGGACUCCAACCAACUGCUACCUGGUGAGUUUAGCAGUGGCUGAUCUGAUGGUGCUGACAGCGGCUUGUUUACCGACCAUCACGGAAAGCAUCUUGGGAUCCUGGGUGUUUGGCCACUAUGGGUGCCUCUUCAUCACCUACUUCCAGUAUCUCGGGAUCAACGCCUCCUCUUGCUCCAUAACAGCGUUCACUAUAGAGAGAUAUAUCGCCAUCUGUCAUCCGAUUAAAGCCCAGUUUCUGUGCACCCUGUCCAGAGCAAAAAAGAUCAUUUUGUUCGUUUGGGCUUUUACUUCUCUGUACUGUAUGAUGUGGUUCUAUCUGUCAGACAUCAAUGAGCUGGUGUAUGACAACAUCACUAUCAUCACCUGCGGCUACAGAGUCCCCAGGAAGUAUUAUUUACCUAUUUACUUCUUUGAUUUUGGCGUCUUCUUCGUGUUGCCGCUGCUGCUCUCCGCGGUCUUGUACGGACUCAUCGCCAGGAUCCUUUUCCUCAACCCGCUGCCCUCCGACCCCAAAGACAAGAAGAAGAACGGACACAACAACAACACCAACAAUAAGAGAACCAGCUGCAAAAACUCCCGUCACUCCAGCUCCACCGCGACCUCCCGCAGACAGGUGACCAAGAUGCUGGCUGUGGUGGUAAUCCUGUUUGCCACGCUCUGGAUGCCGUACCGCACUCUGGUGGUGGUCAACUCCUUCCUGGACCGGGCCUACCUGGACAGCUGGUUCCUGCUGUUCUGCAGAAUCUGCAUCUACCUCAACAGCGCCAUCAACCCGGUCAUCUACAACGCCAUGUCUCAGAAGUUUCGCGCUGCUUUCCGCAAGAUCUGCUGCUGCGGGAGGAAAGGCUUGGAUAAACCCGCCGCCUACAGCGUGGCCAUCACGUACAGCGCAGUAAAGGAUUCCUCGAUGGUGGAGGGCACCGAUCACUUCACAACAGAGCUGGAGGAGCUCACUGUCACAGACGACCUGCUGCCUGAUCAGAAAAUGAUGUUCCCAGACCCUUGUGUGUACGGGAAGGUGAAUUUCAGCGACGCCUAAAGUUUGUUUGAGGCCAGAUGAUUCUGAGGGUCAAUCAAGAUUUAAAGAGUUUGAAAAUGUUGCUUAAUGGAAUCUGUUAAGUGGGACUAUUGUUUCCUGAGUGCCUGCUGACCUUUUCAAAGCCAGGCUGCUUUGGCUAGAGAUGUAAACACAGAUUACAGCUACUGAUGCGUAAUGACAGUCUUUGAGGCACAAAGCCGAGAAUGAUCCCGUACAUUGUAAAGCAACAAACAUCGUCAGAUAAGCACUCUCUUAUUGCAUAGGUGUUAUCUUAUCUUGGACCUACCCACAUUAUACAUCGUGUAUGAGUCAACAAAACAAAAACACUAUUGGAUCGUUAAAGGGGACAUAUCAUGAAAAACUCACUUUUUCGUGCUUGUACACAUACAUUUGGGUAAAUGGAGUGCUGACCAACCCACAGGGUUUUGGGCUGCUUAGAUCAGAAAACUGCUUUGAUCAGAUUCAACAAGCCAUUCAGAUAUGGCUCCCCUUCCUACAGUAUGUCACAUGCAGGCUCAUUAGAAUACACCGCCCUUCAUCUGAGAAUCACCACCCACAGCUUGAGAACUACCUUUGCAAAGGUGCGCAGUAUUUUUCUCGCAAGCCAAUCGGAACAGACUAGGAUUUUAUGUGAGAGGGCUUAAAGAGACAGGCGCUAAAACUGAGCAUUUCAGACAGAGGGUGAUUACAGGUAUGUUCAGACAAUUAGUAUGAGAAACAAAAUGUGUUUUUUGAACAUUAAAGCAUGUUAACAUGUUCUAGCAAGAACCCAUAAUACAAGUAUGAAUGUAUAAACGAUCAAGAUAUGUCUCCUUUAAAGCUGCACAGGGCAGCGUGGCAUACGGGUGGCUCCAAAUGGCAGCGAGAGGUUACAGUCUGACAUAACGUGAACCCAGAAAUCGUGCAAACCGACACAGUCAUGCUUACCAACACAGCCGGUCAGUGAUGCUUUUAUCCCAAAGGAUACCAAAGAGAUAACAGAAGCAAAAAGAAUAACAGCAUCAAGUACGGCUUGGAAGAGUUGAAUUCAGUCUUCAUGUUCUGAGUCACCCUUGACCGCACUGUACAUACUAACAUUCAGGACUGGCCAUUUUCCUCACUUUCAGAAAGACUUAGGCUGAUGUUUCCCGAGCAGGCGGCACCAUUAAAGAGUGAGUCACACCUGAACCCUCACGGACAAAACCGGCUGUAUUUUUAUCGUGAAGGACUCAUAUACAGCCUUGAGCAUGAUAUGAAAACCAAGACAGGCUGUGUUGAGUGUGUACUGGAGGCCGGCUUCAUUCUUUAUAAAGAUCUCUUAAUGGUUUGUUGAGUUUUUCCACUGCAAAGUGUUCACUGACAGAGAGCGAAAACAAAGUACAUAAAGCACUUUGUACUGCCAGAAUCUAUUCAAAACAAAAAUGGCACUGUAGGACGGAAGCAGCUAGGUUGUUGUAAACCGACGUACACAUAUAAUAACUCUAUGAUAAACAAGACUAACAUUAAGUUAAUUGAGAUUCAACUGUUCCUAGCAACUGCUAUGAGUCACUACUGGUUACAGCAAAAUAACCCCUCUUUCCAAACAGAAAAUGAAAUGAACAUAAAACCCUCUGGGCUGCAGAGAAUCUACACCAUAAUCCUUUUUAUUGACGUGUUAAUAUUUACAACCUGAUUUAUUAUUGUAGGGAAAGAAACCUGUAACCACACCCACCAGUGAUGUCACAGUGUACUGAAACAGCCUGGAGUACACCUCUACAUCAGCACAGACUUUCACUGCUGUUAAGUUACUUCUUAAACGUUUGUAAAUUAAUUAAUAAGUGCAUU